GCGGCGACGGCGAGAGUGGCAAGUGGGGGAGUCCGUGCGGUGGUCGCUCCCUCCUCUCGCGCGGUGACAUCUAAGUGCCGCGUGUUCUCCUCUUCCUCUUCCCCUCCACCUCCAUUUCCCAUUCCACCCCCUUCCCUUCUCUCGUCCUCCUCCUCCUCCUCCUCCUCUCUCUCUCUCUCUCUCUCUCUUCAAAAUAGGUGGGCGGUGCUCUCGCCUCCCCUCCCCGCCGGCUUCCGCCUCCAGAUCCGCGCCGCCCGCCGCCGCCGCGCUCGCUCGAGCGGGAGCUAUAGCUGCCGCCUUCGAUUCGACGCUGCAUGUACUGGCGAGAGGCGUAGCGCGUGGCGUGCUCUCCCCGACGCGCGCCUCGCCUCCUCCCCGUUCAUUACAAGAUGGCGAUGAUGGUGGACCCUCCUAAUGGCAUGGGAAACCAAGGGAAGCAUUACUACACAAUGUGGCAAACGCUAUUUGAGAUUGACACCAAGUAUGUGCCAAUCAAGCCCAUCGGAAGAGGGGCUUAUGGAAUAGUUUGCUCCUCUAUAAACCGUGCAACCAACGAAAAAGUUGCAAUAAAGAAGAUCAACAAUGUCUUUGACAACCGUGUGGAUGCACUGAGGACCCUAAGGGAGCUGAAACUACUGCGACACUUGCGCCAUGAAAAUGUUAUUGCCUUGAAAGAUAUAAUGAUGCCAGUACACAGAAGGAGUUUCAAAGAUGUAUACUUGGUUUAUGAACUCAUGGACACAGAUCUACACCAGAUAAUUAAAUCAUCUCAACCUCUUUCUAAUGACCACUGUCAAUAUUUCCUUUUUCAGCUACUCCGAGGUCUGAAGUACCUCCAUUCAGCAGGGAUACUCCAUCGAGACCUGAAACCAGGGAACCUCCUGGUUAAUGCAAACUGCGAUCUGAAGAUCUGCGACUUUGGUUUGGCUCGCACAAACAACACUAAAGGCCAGUUUAUGACUGAAUAUGUCGUGACCCGGUGGUAUAGGGCUCCUGAGCUGCUGCUCUGCUGCGACAAUUACGGAACCUCCAUAGAUGUCUGGUCUGUUGGCUGCAUCUUUGCUGAGCUUCUUGGCCGCAAGCCAAUAUUUCCAGGAACUGAGUGCCUCAAUCAGCUCAAGCUCAUAGUCAACGUUCUCGGCACCAUGAGUGAAGCUGACAUUGAGUUCAUUGACAACCCAAAGGCCCGCAAGUAUAUCAAGACCCUUCCAUACACUCCUGGCAUCCCCCUCACCAGUAUGUACCCGCAAGCACAUCCUCUUGCCAUUGAUCUGUUGCAGAAGAUGCUCGUCUUUGAUCCCUCCAAAAGGAUUAGUGUCACUGAAGCUCUGGAGCACCCUUACAUGUCUCCACUGUAUGAUCCAAGCGCAAACCCUCCUGCUCAAGUGCCCAUCGAUCUCGACAUCGAUGAAAAUCUUGGCGUGGAUAUGAUCCGGGAGAUGAUGUGGCAGGAGAUGCUCCACUAUCACCCAGAGGUUGUUGCAGGAGUGAAUAUGUGACAGGCAAGAACGAACAUGUGAAGGCAACGUGCUACACUAAGAUCUUCACAUGUUGGUUUUUUGUAUAAAUCUUAUUCGCGAUUGUCGCGCCUAUCAAGCUUAAGCUAUGGCGAUGUCGCCCAGGUGACCUCUUAUGUAAAUAUGUGCGAAUAAGACAGCAUUCUGGAGUUGUUCUUCCUGUGGACCUCUACUUGUAGUAUAUGGACUAAUGUGUUGUAUGAGUACGUGAAGCAGAAUUCGGUAUUAUCAAGGCUUGUAAUGUUAGAUGCUCUUAUAUUACACUAUGAAGUGUCAACUUUCAAGUGGCCACGUUUACACAUAUAUUUGCUA